AUGUCCCCGGAGGUAGCGUUCCGGGGGGAAAGCGCAAGGCUUCAGCGGGGAUACACAUAUUAUAUGUAUCACUUGUCUAGAUGUCCCGUAAUCAACUCGACGGCGACGGCUGUAGAUAGUUUUAGAGGCUGUAAAGCAUCAAGGGGUGGAUUUGGAUACGUGGCUCACAUUCGAGUGGGUAUCUCGCGUGUGGUGGACAGCGAACUGCUGUUCGUUAUGCGAGCACACGGCUUCAACCCAUUUGCCUUUGAAUGCCUCCGCGACAUAGGCCUUGAAGGAGCCGUUCUCGAGCGAGCUACACGCGGCGCCGAGUACCUCUCUCCGCCGGUGCCGCAGCAUGUCUCAAAUGCCGCCGCAGACAGAGUGGUCAUCUGCAGGGUCCUCGACCACACCACAGAACAAACCUAUACGAUACAGACGAAAUACCUCUUUGGCGCAGAUGGAGCGCGGAGCUACGUCGCACGCGCGCUCGACUUCAAGUUCAUUACGAAGCUCAGCGGGAAAAGGGCAUGCAAUGUGUUCUUCCGCGCGGAUUUGGACCAUAUCGUCCAGCACAACAAUAGCAGGAGAGGAAGCCGCGUCGCAGGGCUGCACUGCAUUCUCCAGCCUGACCGGUCCAUAUUUCCAGGUGUCGUGGCGCAUCUCCGGGUCGUCCGCCCCUCGACAGAAUGGGCCCUCGUCUGCUUCGGGCCAGAGGGGAGAAACCCGCUAGAUGGAAUGACGGUGAACAACAGUCCGGAGCUUGUCAAGCUCCUGCACGCGCUGAUUGGCGACGGCUCUGUCGAUAUUGAAAUCCUCGCAUUCCACCCGUGGACGGUACGCGAGAGCGUUGCUGAAGAGUAUCGCUAUCCUCGCGAGAACAUCUUACUCGGCGACGCAGCGCACCGCCACCCACCGGCCUUUGGCCUCGGCCUCAACACCGCAUUCCAAGACGCGUACACUCUCGCGUGGAAAGUCGCGUAUGUCUCCGAAGGCCUCGCAGGCCCUGAACUGCUCGGUUCAUACAUACAUGCGCGCAUGUGGGAGGCCCUAGGCAUGUCAGCUAGCACUGGAGACGAGGGCGCGAGGCAGCUUGCACGGAUUGCCGAGGCGAGUCCUGAGGGUGCGGCGAGCCGCCUGAAGAUCCAUGAGGCACUAGGAGAGACUGAAGUCGAGUUGCAGAGUCUGGGAAUUGCCUACAAUCAACGGUAUGAUGCAUCAGAGGAAAUUGCUGGCCCAACACCAAAGAAUGGCAGUAGCGAUCAUGGUGAUAUGAGGACCACUGCUAGACCACCGCUCGUAGGGAACCCAAUAACAACCACCCAGAUCAGCACGUUCCCGGGUAGCCGGCUGCCACACGCCCGACUGGACAUCAUGACGGGGCGCAAGGUGAUUUCCACGCAUUAUCUGGCGAGUAAAGCGUCGUUCUGUGUUUUCUUCGGCGUUGGCGGGGAGCCGUGGCGGGAGGCUGUGGUGGACAUAGGCCAUUCGACGGGCAGCCGAAUCAACGCGUAUGGUAUCGGCUAUGCACUGGAUUAUGCAAACAUUUAUCGGGAAUGGCAGCUGAAGCUAGAAAGGAAAGGACGUAUAUACUGA